AAGCAUAUUUCCCCUUCCAAAAUGACUUUCCGGUCUCUGGUUUUGUAUCUGGCUUGUGUUGGACUUGGAAGGACAAAGGUGGUUCCGCAGGCUGAACACAGAAGUGUGAAGGCUGGCAACAGUGUGACUCUCGGCUGUACCCUGACAACACCCGUGGAAGUUCUGCAAGUGACCUGGCAAAAGGACUCUGGAAAGUCACAUGAUAAUAUAGCUACCUACAGUACCAUAAAAGGAUUAAAGAUUCAUGAGCCUUAUCAAGACCGAAUGAAUUUCACGAGUCUGGUACUCAAUGACACGAGCAUCACUUUUUGGAACACUAGAAUAGAUGAUGCAGGGUGUUACACGUGUCUCUUCAAUACCUACCCUUUUGGCUCCGUGUCGGGACGUACCUGCCUGAGUGUCUUUGGUCUCAACGCAUCUGUCCAUUACAACGUUUCUGAAGGUCAUCUGAUAGCCAUCUGUAAUGCUGUUGGCUUCCCAGAGCCCACCAUCACCUGGAACAACUUGUUCAAUUCUACUCCUACACAGGAGUUGGUCAAGCACACCAAUGGGAUGGUGUCUGUCACCAGUAAACUGGAAAUCUACAAUACUCGGAGCAUUGGUGUUCAGGACUUGACUUGCAAAGUAAGCAACACGAAUGAAAAAAUGGAAUUGCCAGUGAAAGUGAAAGGAGAAGAGGGAUCCUCGUUGCUUUGGCUGGUGAUUACUGUGGGGAUUUUAAUUGUCUUAGUUCUCACUCUGAUCAUGGUGUGCUGGAAGAAGAGGCUAUGCAGGAGGAGCUGA